AACUAUAUCUACUAAGCACCGGAGUCAGGGCAAAGACUCUUUCCUAUUAGAGAGCAAAAUUCUAUCUACAGUUAACGAUCUACAUCGUACGUCUACUACUCUAGACAUUUGUAUAAACUUAGUCGCCUUCUGAUCAUGGGCUUUUUCUUCAAAUUUCUGAUUAUCUUUUCUGCUUUGGCAAAAGUGGCUUCCAGUCUUCGAUGUGUAUCAUGUACAGGAACUGGUGUCACAACUUGCACAGGGACCAGUGUGACUUGCCCAUUUAAUUACGUCUGUGCAUCUGCUUAUAUGAUGACCAACAUUUCAGGAACAUCAGUUGUAGAUAUGAUCCGUUCGUGUCAACCAGCUAAUAAGUGUAAUAUAAUGGGAAUUGUUGCUAAUACUGCUUUGAACAUUGGUUUCCUUGUGACUUGCUGUUCUACCGAUGACUGUACUCCAACUAUACCCACCAUUCCAUCUAUUAGUAAUGCGUUCAAUGGACUGACGUGUCCGAGUUGUAUAUCAGCAAGUUCUGAUUGUACAUCUUCAGAAACCAUGCUAUGCCAAGGAGAGGAGAAUAAGUGUGUUCUUUACACCACAAAUUCAAUUAAUGGAAUCAGUGCUAUUCGUGGUUGCUCUACUCAGGCUCCCUGUGACAUUGGUAUUUUUUCUGCUACUGCCAGUGGUGCCUUUCUUUCUAUGUCAUUUAUGUGCAACAAUGCGAAUCCAGUGGCUUCCAGUCUUCGAUGUGUAUCAUGUACAGGAACUGGUGUCACAACUUGCACAGGGACCAGUGUGACUUGCCCAUUUAAUUACGUCUGUGCAUCUGCUUAUAUGAUGACCAACAUUUCAGUCAGGUCCAUCAUAUACCUAGAUGAGAUUCUAUUAAUGGCUAAGGACCCAGAAACUUUUGACCUUCAGAUUCUCGGGUUGGAUGGAAAACCAUCAAAAAGGACAUUAGAAAAUUACUAUGCUUCCUACACAUCUAUCUUCAUGACUUAG